CCACAAAUAAGCAGAGUCAGAAGAGAAACAGUUAGUAUGUUACUAGACUCAAAGCACUGAAGACAACUUCAACUCUGAAACAGAAGAAGAUGAUGCCCACGACGGUUUCCUCACAGCCCGGAAACUGCAGCAAUAACUCAUCAUGUAUGGAUGAGAAACAGCAUAUGUCCAUCAUCGUCCUCCUGUGCCUCAUCUUCUUCCUUGGCUUCAUCCUCAACACCUUUAGCCUCUGGGUCUUCUGCUGCCGGAUACCCUGCUGGACCUCUGGAACCACACUGCAGUUCCACUUGGCUCUCAGCGAUGCCAUCGCGACCCCAGUCACUCCACUGAUGGCGGUAUACUUCGCCAUGGGCAACAACUGGCCCUUUGGCCCGUUUCUGUGCAAGGUCAAGAUCGCCCUGCUUAGUUCCCAUUUCAAUGGCAGCAUCAUAUUCCUCACUCUCAUCAGUAUCCAUCGGUACACAGCUGUGGUGCGCUUCAACAAAAGCUCCUGUAUGAAACAGAAGCAGUUUGUCAAGAAGCUGUGUGCAGGAGUUUGGUUUCUGCUGCUGAUCCAGGCUCUGGUCUAUGCUUUCAUGCUUCCUCCCAGCGAAGACGGCAAAAACAGGCACUGUCUCUCCAUUCAUCAGACGAACCUGACAGACUCCUACUUUGUCAUUAACUUUGUCCUGCUCAUCUUUGGGUUCUUACUCCCUUUCUCUAUGUCUGCUGUUUGCUACGUCCGUCUGGCUGGCUCCUUAACUCGCCUCAACAUCAGUACACCUAAAGGUCUGAAGGCCAAGGUGAAAUCUCAGAGGAUGGUAGGCAUGUGUCUGGUGAUAUUCGGGCUGUGUUUCCUGCCUCUGAACGUGAUAAGAACUGUGGCAGUGGUACUUAAGAAAUACUACCCUGGAAAAUGUUGCUUUCUGCUGCAGAUUGAGAAGGCGUAUUAUGCAUCCCUGAUCUUAGCUGGAGUGAACAGCUGCCUGGAUCCACUGCUGUACUGUUUUGGUUCACAAGCGUUUCGAGACACAUUCCAGUCUCUCCGAAUUAAGCUGAGAGAUGCUCAAAACAAAAGUGAUUCCGAAAUCACUGCAAAUCAGUAGCAUGGAGUGAGGCAUUAUUGGAGGUGACCAAUAGUAGUGGGCCAGGAUGUAGUUUUGGUGGAAAGAGCAGGUCCAGUUCAAGCAUGGGUGAAGAGUUUACUGUUUCCACAAAUGUCUGUCUGUCUGUAUGUGGACAACAUAUCUCAUGACUCAUUCAUCCAAUUGACUUCUCACUCGGCAAGUGUUUUGUUAAUUACCAGAGAAACUGAAGUGCUGGUUUCGAAGGGAUGCGUUGAAUAUUAAUAACAUUUCAGUAAAUGGGUGACUAGCACUCAGUGGGGGGGAUGUGGUAACCUACCAUGACAUCACCCACUGGUUUUUGAAACUGCCAUUUUGAAAUCUGAUCAGUGCCAUCUGUCCAGUUUGUACCUGGACCAUAUUUGGUUAAGAAGGGAAGCUGGAGAUAUGGCUCUGAACUCUGACCUCAGAAUGUUUCAGUUGUCUGUUGUUCAUAGUGACCCCCAGUGUCAGUAUAUCAAGGUUCAGACGAUUUGACUGUAGAAUUUUUCAGAAAAUUAAAUCAAAAGUUGGCUACUUUUCCAUUGUAGCACUCAUAGCUAGCUCAUAUUACUUAUUGUUAAGUGGUACUAUUCUGUCUGUUGUUUUUCAGUUUCACAUAGCAUGGGGUUGUAACUGCUAAGGUGAGCACUGUACUGGAAUUAACUUUACAUUUUUAACAAUGAGUCCUUUUCCAUUGCUUACAGUUAUAGCACUAUGCUACUUAAGUAAAUGCACCAGUGUCCCCCCAGAAAAUGUCUUUAUCUAACUAUGUUUAUUCACUUUUUUACCAACUGCCAUCAUGAUGAAUUCCAUAGACCAGACAUGUCAGACUCAAUGCCCACGAGGUAAUUAGGACACACACUUUGUUUGUGAAAAAAAAAGCUCCAUAGGCCGACUCGCGGUGCGCAACGCCCAGCUAAACGCACAUGGAGCGAGCCCUUCCUCACCUGCUGAGUAUUUGGUGUUAGUAAAUCAUUUUUCCAGUGUUCCAGUGUUCCACUGUGU